UUCCAGUAUUAUGUUGUUCGAUGACAGUCUCUUCGGUUGACUGCAGUUGGUUAGUCGGUUUUUACGUUCGUGUUUUAUUAAAAUUAUAAUAUAUCCUAUCAACAUUGUAUAUCAAUCAUAUAUUGUUAGAACAGUGCAAUAUUUAUAGUAAUUUAGGCAGAAAUAUCUAGAAGGUUAAAAAUUCUUUUGAGAAUGUUUCGAUAAAUGUAUUAGUUUCCACUGAAGUUUGAUCACAAAUGGCAAGUUCAUGCCCAGAUGAUUCAAUUGAUGAUGGUGAUAGUGAUGCAGAUACUGUCAGCAGCAAUGCAACUUUACAAAAUGGAUCUGUUACUUCUGAAACAAUGGUUGAUAGGUUUGGAUUUCUUGGAGGGUCACAGUAUACAGAACCAGGACUACUUGUUGGUUUACCUGUAGAAGUGUUAAGGAAACGAGAAUUAAAAUGGUUAGAAAUGUUGGAAAAUUGGGAACGUUUCAUGAUCAAAAGAUAUAAAAAGGUGCGUGAUCGUUGUCGAAAAGGAAUUCCACCGGCUCUUAGAGCCAGGGCUUGGCAAUACUUAUGUGGAGGAAAGUAUUUAAUGGAAAAUUAUAAACACAAAUUUUUGGAGUUGGAUACACAACCAGGAGAUCCUAGAUGUGUAGAUGAUAUUAAAAAAGAUCUUCACAGACAGUUUCCUUUACAUGAAAUGUUUUCUAAUCGGCAUGGUCAUGGGCAAGCUGAUUUAUUUCGCAUAUUGAAAGCAUAUUCAAUCUUUAAUCCUGCAGUAGGAUAUUGUCAAGCCCAAGCUCCUAUUGCUGCCACUUUGUUAAUGCAUAUGCCUGCAGAGCAAGCAUUUUGGUGCCUUGUUGCUAUUUGCGAAAAAUAUGUUCCUGGUUAUUAUAGUCCUGGCUUAGAGUCCAUCCAAUUAGAUGGUGAUAUUUUGUUUGGUCUGUUAAAAAAGUCCUCUCCUCUGACAUAUAAACAUUUGAAAAAGCAAAAGGUGGAGCCAAUUCUUUAUAUGACUGAAUGGUUUAUGUGCUUGUUUUCACGUACUUUACCAUGGGCUUCAGUUUUAAGAGUUUGGGAUAUGUUUUUAUGCGAAGGUGUUAAAGUAUUAUUUCGAACUGCUUUAGUUAUUUUGAAGCAAGUUUUAGGACGACAAGAAGUAUUAAAAAAAUGUCCAACAAUGUAUGAAACACUUGAAAAAUUGAGAAAUAUUCCAACAGAAGCAUUACAAGAAGACUUUUUAGUUUAUCAGGGUUUAAAGUUAAAUAUUUCUGAAGGUGAUAUGGAAAAAGAGCAUCAAAAACAAGUCGUAAAACGGAGAACAUUGAGAGAACAACAACAGAUAAUUCAGGAACAACGAACCAAGAAUUCAACUGGGAAGGAAAAGAUUUCCUGAUGACUUAACUAAAAUGAUGUUGCCAUAGAAAAUUAUGUAUAAAUAUUUUGAAUUUUUAGCAUUUCUGAUAAAAAAUGGAUAUGCCUAUAUUGUUUUAUAGUAUGGUUUAGAAAAACCAAAUCAUAUUAUUAAUGUAUCUACUUCAAAAGCAAUACUGUCCAAAUAUUUUGCUAACUUAGAGAAAAUUGUAGAAUUUUAUAAUGAGUAGAGCAAAAAAGCACUAAUAUAUAUAUAUAUUCUUAAAUCUUAUACACAAAACAACUUAUACUCAAAACACAAUACAACAAAUGAAUAAUUGCAUAUAGAGUUAUUAACAGUUUGAAAUUUUCUGAUAUAAAAAUCAAUUUUAUGAUGGAUGUUUGUGUUAUUCCACAAGUUAAUAUUUCAUUUUAUGAACUGAAAUCAAAUUUUGAGAAAUGAGUGAAAAAAUUUGAAAAAUUUUCAUAUAAGCAUUGAGUAAUAAAUAGCCAAAAUAAAUGCAGAAAAACAACUGCAUUUCUGAUUGGUGGAAUUAAUGUUCUGCUUUUUAAAGGUACCAAAAUUUCUUAUAAAAUACAUGUAAUUAAUAUUGCAAUUAUAAAUCUGUGAAAAUUAUUUAUUAAAAAUUAAUAUUUAUUACAAAAUUUAUUUUCUUAAAAGUUCAUAAAUGUCAUUUUGAAAAUUUUCAAAAACAUUAAAUUUGAGGGAACAAAGCAGCUACUGUAUUAAUGAAGUGUUCUUAUGUUUUUUUUUGUGAUUUUGAUUUUUAUAUUUCAAGUAUUUUUUAUUAUCAAAAAAAACAGAUUGUAUAUAUCAUAUGUAGAUUUUACAAAGUGCAGCUGAAUGUUCAUUGUAUAAAGUAUAUAUGUUCAUGAUAAAACUUUCAAUGAACAUAUUCAUUCUGUUACUUAUUGAGCCAUAAUGUUUAUGGUAAGAAAGUUCAUUUGGAUUAUGAUAAGAAUUGACAUAUCCUGAUAAAAGUUAUGGUACAUUUAUAUGCCAAUAAUAUUUGUAAUAUAUUUUUAUCUGUCAAAUGUUUCAAAUUAAGUUGUACAUUUAAAUUAUGUACUUUUCUACAUUAUUAUAAAGCCUAUGUGGGUCCAGAAUAAACUGUAUUUAUUUUCAUUUUAA